AUGCGGUCGAACCGAACCGAACCGUUUACAAACGACGGUCUUAUUUUUUCAAACAACACAACAGAACUAUUUGGAAAUCUGGGCGCAUUUCGACUGGUUGAUAAAGUUGAAUUGUUUGUCCGUUAGUCCAUCUCGUUGUUGGUUUGUUUAUAUCAAUUUCGGCAGCCUAAUAUAGUAGUAGUGCGCUUAAUUGAUUUCUGUUGGAUAAUAUUUUGGUUGCACGUAGACUUUUUUUGGACUGUGUGAUCUAAAAAUACGCAUCGAAAUCGUGUGACGCUGAACUGUAUAAAACUGUUUGAUCUGUGCCCGUUUCAUUGCAUUUGAAUUCGAUGUGCAGAGAAGGAAGUGUGUACAGUUCGAUGCAACGUUAAAUUCUUCAAUUCAAAUUUCAUACAUAAAGAGAAAAUUGUUCAGCAGACGUGUGAUAUAAAUCAUGUGGCUGAAACUGUGUUUGAUGCUUGUAUUCUUUGCCAUACCGCUCUGUCACUCGGACUCGGUCAUGAAUAUGAUUCAAGCUGAACGUUAUCCGGCCGAGAAGCAUACACUUUUUACAAAAGAUGGCUAUAUUCUAACUGUGUACCGGAUUCCAAACAUGAGCGCGUCCAAAUAUAACCGCAAAGUGGUACUAUUUAUGCAUGGGAUGACCUCGAGCUGCCCAGCUUUCCUCACGUUCGGUCGACACACGUCGGCCGCGUAUAAGAUGUCAGAUGCAGGUUAUGAUGUUUGGCUAUUGUGUGCGCGCGGCACAACAUACUCGAGGCGUCAUAUUAGAAUGGAUCCGAAAGAUCCGAAAUUUUGGGACUUUAGCUGGCAUGAAAUCGGCGUGUACGAUAUACCAGCAGCAAUUGAUUACGUUUUGGACCACACCAAUCAAACCAAACUCACGUAUAUUGGGCAUUCCCAGGGUGUUACCGCUUUCUACGUUACGCUGUCAGAACUGCCAGAAUACAACGAUAAAAUUACCAUCGCACAUCUAAUGACACCUCCGGUUAUUUUAAAGCACAAUCAUCCGAUGGUUCCAAGAUCGAUGGAUGGUGUACAUGCAGUUGCGGCAUGGUUCCGUAACAAUGGGAUAUAUGAAGUGCUGUCACAUUCGGGUGCAACCAUGGAUAUAAUCACAGCAGUCAGUCAGUUCUGCAUGCGACCGACGGGCAGAGAUGUGUGCAGAAGUUUCGUAUAUAUCCUAUUUGGUCCUUCAAAUUUGUAUUUUGAUGAGCUUCUAGCAACUAUACUCAAUCAUAUUCCAGGCGGUGCAAGUUAUAAGCAAUUUAUUCAUUAUGCACAAAUUGCGGCGGCACAGAGAUUCCAACGUUAUCAUCACGGCAUCGAGAAGAAUAUGCAAAUUUAUGGAACUCCUGAGCCACCAGAAUACGAUUUGUCAAAAGUUCGUGCGAAUAUUCAUAUCAUGCAUGGUACCAAUGAUUGGUUGACACCAUCCGAUAAUGUUCCAAUACUGGCAAAUGCCAUGGGCCGUUAUCCGGUCGCAAUCAGCAAAUUUCCUGGCUACAACCACAUCGAUUUUGCAUACGGCUCCAAUCUGGACAUGGUUCACAGGAAAAUAUUCAAAGUACAAAAACUAUUCUACUAAUUUAAGUUCGGUCCAUGUAAUAAUUUAACAAUAGCGAAAGAGGGUAUUUUUAAUAAGUCGCCCUGUGAUAAUCUUCCUUAUUUUGAAACACGUUGUAAAUUUUAGUAAAUAAGUCACUCUGUAUUUAACUCUCAAUAUAAAAUAAACAAA